UCACGUUGAUGUCAGGAUGCAUUAGGCAUGGAGCUUUUGCCUCAUCAACUGUCACCAGAAAUGGUUUCACCCCCAGUUGAUCCAGACAAUCAUACAGCUGCCCAUGAUGGCAAAUCCGAGCUGUUGGAAGCCAUUUAUAAUCCAGACAAUCAGACCGCUUCCCCAGAAGGCAGGCCGGACUUGCUGGGAGGCAUGUCAGGUUUAGCCAAGGACGAGACACAGUUCCCUGGGAGUUUGCCAAUGCAGCAGAGUGUAUCCCAGCAGCCACAGAUUCCCGCGGUCACAGCUUCUGGAAUAUUGCGAGAAAUCAGGAACAUGGCAAAGACGCAGGGUCUAAAUCCACGUCUUGAAUCAGAAGCUGCUGCUGAAUCUCCUAUGACAAGACCAAGGCCAUUGACUGCACCAGUGCAGGUCCAGCCAAUAGCAGGACAGGGCUUGGGAGCAAGUGGUGCUCAGCAGCUCUCAGGCUCCAUGGAAGCAGAGAAAGGAACGAAGGGGUCUAUCUCUGAAGGUGCUGAAGAGCUGACACAAUCGACUCCCGAUGAAAAGUCUGCAAAGAAUCCCACUAUCACGUUUAAUUUCAGACCUGCCACUGCAAGCGGAACAAUUGAAUUAGGCACCCAAAGCAGGAUUAUCGGGAAGUCAGGCAUGAAGGGAACAGGCGUGGGUAGGGUUCGACCGUCAACAGCAAGAGACGAACUUGAUCUAAGGUUGGCAGGGGGAUUUGUCGCUGGUUCUAGCAAACCGAUAAUGAGCCGAGAAGAUGCCACCACACUCAAAACUUAUGAUAUGAGUAGAAAGGGGGUGUACAAAACUACUGACCGUAGGUCAGUUAUCGAUGUUCUGCCGGCUCAAGCUUCACGUCAUGUGCAGCUGAAUGUUGCUGGGAAAGGAACAGCGAAAUCACGUGCAAAUCAGCCUCGUAGCUCAUCACCAUCCCUGAUUUCCGUGCUGUGGAGACAGAAGGGAAGUGGACUGAACGUGCAAGUAGAUCCAGAAGACACAACCAUGAAGGUUGUGGGUCAGAGGAUGUCAGCCGUUUCGGCAAGGUCUCCUUCAGAGCUCAAGUCAGGCAGCCGUACUUGGGCUUAUGAGUCACGUCCUUACACCUCACACACUGUGGCGGAUGCUCAUGAUGUAGUGGUUGCUGGGGCUAGGAUCACAAAGCAUGGCAGGGAGUCCGGAGCACCCAGCUCUCCGAUCAACAAACUGCGCACAUCAACUCCUGUCAUUAGUGAGCCAAGACGCAUAUUUCACAUACUGGACGGGGAUGGUUUUGAGGAUGGUGCUCUGUCCAUUGCAGAUACUGGACCUCUCAGUACAACCAUGAGGAUCGUUUCCGGAGGUUCCGUUUCAGUUUUUGACCUCACUGGCGGGAAGCCUGCAGCUGAGACCAAAACUCAGAUGCACUCACUGGGCACAACGAGUCAAGCAUUCUCAGUACGCCAUCAUCCAAUCGUAGCGAAUCCACAAGAACCUUUGUCACGAGUUGUGGCCCAUGAAGGGAGCACAGACAAACCAGAGCAUGGGGAUGAAAGUCCUGCUGGCGAGCAGCAAUCUGCCGGAAUUGCUGCUCCUUUGCCCGAAACACACUCUUCAGGCAAUCAAUCUGCAGACGAAUUAAGAAUCACAAGUACAGAGAUGUCCACAGGAGAGCGUGGGAAAGACCUUGAGCAACUUUCAGUGAAUCAAAAACCUACCCCUGAAGGCAGCACAGACAAACCAGAGCACGGUGACAUAAGUCCUGCCGGCGAGCACCAACCCACCGGACUUCCUGCUCCUUUGCCUGAGUCACACUUGUCAGGCAAUCAAUCUGCAAACGAAUUAAAAAUCACAAGAACAGAUCCGUCCACAGGACUGCAUGGAGUGCAUGGGAAAGACCUUGAGCAACUUUCAGUGAAUCAAAAACCUACCCCUGAAGGCAACACAGACAAACCAGAUCAUGGUGCCGUAAGUCCUGCCGGUGAGCAGCAACCUGCUGAAACUUCUCCUUUGCCUGAAACACACAUUUCAGGCAAUCAAUCUGCAGACAGCUUAAGAAUCACAAGUACAGAUCUGUCCGCUGAAGAGCAUGGGAAAGACCUUGAGCACCUUUCACUGAAGCUAAAACCUACUCAUGUGGAGCGGGUUACUGGAGAACCGCAAGUUGUGAAUUUGGAUGGUGACGGAUUGCCUUCCACAAUCCCUGUCGAAAAUGCCGUCAAGGUAGUGGAAGCGCAUGGCCCUGAGAAACAAAGUCCAGAUAAUGAUGCACUGGAGGGCACAAGUAUCCUGCGGACAGGCACAGAUGGUAAGCCCAGGCGUUUGUCGCUUUCGAGCCUGUCAGUCGGACAGCGGGUUGAAUGGUCUCAUGAGCAGGCCUCAUCUCCAGCAGUUGCAUUGGCUGUGUCUGCAAUUGCUUCUGAGCUAGCAGUUGUUGAAAUUGAUGCGGGGCCCAAGAGUUUCUCUGGGACUGUGUCCCCGAGGUCCCACACAUCAUUAGGGUUUCAUUAUCAGCCAUUGCCGAUGACAGCAUUUCGCCUGCGGAAUUCUCAAGGACUGGUAAGCUCGAGACCAGUGUCCCGAGACAGGGUCACAGAAGAAGGGAGGUUCCUGACACAGAGAUCUGGUCCCAGCGGAAAGGAAUUGGGGGCCCAGCCCAGCAGUGGGUCAGGGCAAUGUGAUAGAUCUCAAGGGAAGGCAGAGGAAGAAAGGAAAACCGGGGAUAUGGGUGGCGGUGAUGCCUUGGAAAAUGGAAGUGGGAGAAGCCCUGUGAGAGAUUCCUGUCAGACACAUCGAACACACUCAUCUGCAUCCGACAACAGAGGGACCAAGCACUCGCUGCAGAUCAUGUUGUGUCCCACGAUCUCUAACCUAAGGACUGGGGACCCUUCGAACGUACGGCCUUCAGCUUGUCAGAAUCAUCACCAAGGCCAUCAAGACAGUCGUCAUCGAUCAUGUCAGCAGCAUCAGGGUCAUGAUGAUUGCCAAUGUGAUGAGAAGUUUUCCAAUUGGCAUCCAAUCCAUUCCUCAAGGAUUACCAAUCAGAGACCUGCAACAAGCCCACCUCGGCAGUUCAGAAAGGUGCAUGCCCAAGGAAUAGGGCACAUGGCUGCCAAAGCUAAAAAGGGAGCUUUAGAUUUUGCAGCCGACAUAAACCACAGAACGAGGGACCAGAAUGAUGCGGACCGUUUUGUGCUGCCUAAUGAUGCUCAGCACACACUCUUCCUUGCUCCCUCCUUGUCCAGUCCACGGUCCUCUUAUCCAUUGGGAAUGUCUGUGGUUUCUGCCGGCGUUCCACACGAUCUCAAGCUCCAUGUAUCGGGUCUCAUCCAUGUUAUGGGUUACAUUAGCCCCCGUUCUAAGACCAGUGUGAAUGACAAGGGCAGCAGCACAAAGGCCCCACUGACUCAUGACACAGGGUUGAAGAGAGCCUCGGACAUGGCACAGAACUCCUUCCUUCCAUUCCUUUCACCUAUUUCGAGGAAAACUGCUCCAGUAGGUGGAGUGUGGGGAGAACAGGCACCUCUGCUAUCGAAGGAGCAAAGGAUUUCCCAAACGGCAAGACAAGAGGCACUAGAGUUCAAGUCAAGGCUCAAUGCAAUAGCAAAAACAGCAUCCUUAAAACGAGAACAAAUGGUCAGAGACUCCAGGACCAGAGUCAGGGAAACAAUUCAGGAAUCGAGGAAAAAGAGGAAUGCUAACAAGGGUGGUCAAGUUCUCAUUCAUUGAGUUAUUCCAUAAUGUGCAUGCAUGUCUACAUGCUGAAGGAAGUGCAAGGCGCUAGUUUUGUGAAUUUACCGCCAUGUCCCUCUG